AUGGGAUGCACAGUAUCAAAAGAACAAAAUGAACAAAAUAACCAAGUUGAUACAUAUCUAAGACAAGCAGGCAAAGAUGCAAUGUUGGAUUUUAGAGUAUUACUGUUGGGAGCAGGAGAAUCUGGAAAAUCAACAGUCGUCAAACAAUUAAAAUCAAUCUAUAAAAUCACGGUCGACGAUGCCGAACUACAAAGCUACGCAGCAAAUAUUCAUAAAAACACUGUCUUGUGUAUGCAAGUUUUAUUAGAAGCUGGUGAAACUUUAAAUAUAGAAUUAUCAAAUCCAGAAACAAAGAAAAGAGCAAAUACAGUUAGAUCAUUCCAAUUUGAACAAGAUACAAAACAAAUGCCAGUUAGUAUUGGAUUGGAUAUUGAAGAGUUGUGGAAAGACCAGGAUAUUCAAAGUGUUUGGGAACGUCGAUCGGAAUUUUGGUUUUUGGAUGCUACACCAUACUACUUUGAAAACAUUCAAAGAUUUUUAGAGGAUGAUUUUAGACCCACCGAAGAGGAUUGUAUAAUGACACGUGUUAGAACCACUGGUAUAUCAGUCACCGAGUUUGACGAAGGUCCAGUUCAUUUUAGAGUGGUCGAUGUGGGAGGACAAAGAAACGAACGUAAAAAAUGGAUACAUUGUUUUGAUGAUGUUAAAGCUUUAUUAUUUGUUGUUAAUUUAGCUGGAUAUGACCAAGUAAUGUUUGAAGAUCCAACACAAAAUAGAAUGCAAGAAUCACUGACAUUGUUUGGACAGAUUUGUAAUAACCCAAUAUUUGCUGAGACACCAACCUUUUUAAUGUUGAACAAGAAGGAUUUGUUUGAACAGAUGAUUCAAAAGACCGACCUCAGUAAAUGCUUCCCCGAGUACAAGGGUGGUGCAGACACCAAAGUAGCACUCGAAUAUAUCAAGAAUCAAUUCCAAUCAAAGAUCCAAACCUCCAACAAAACACUUCACACCAGUUACAUUGCAGCUAGAUACAAAAAAGAUAUUAAAUUUACUUGGGAUGAAGUCAAGAACGAACUACUCGAAGAAAACAAAAAGAUUCUAUUAAAAGCUACUAGAGAUAUAAAGAAAAAGAAUACAUCAUCUCCUUCUAAAUAA